AUGCUCCUUGGCUACCCCGAUGGAAACAAUGACACAAACCGUUCGCCAGAGCAACAGUCCGAUGUCCUCGGGACUACACAGCUAUACAAUGUGUCAAACUUCAUGCGAGUCGCCGCUUCAGGAGAUCUAGACAGGCUGGAAACCUUUCUAGAUUCAGGCUUGGAGAUUGAGGCGAGGGCAGAGGACCAAUCCACAGUCUUGCACUGCGCCGCUAGAGCUGGCCAAGCCGCGGCAGUCAAUCAUCUUCUUACGAAAGGAGCAAGUGUGAACGUAAGGAACGGCAAUCGUAGGCUACCGAUGCAUGAGGCUAUUCUGAGUAACAGUCCGGAGACACUGAAGUGUUUCCUUGAGCGCAUGACGCAGAAAGAUCUUCAUGCUUCGGAAAAGGAAAUUGAAAGCUACUUGGCACGAUCGGGCAAUCCUGAUGUUAUUGACGUAUACAUAGUGCGAUUGGGAAGCGAUUUCACCCAAAGAGAUGUCUCGAAGAAAAUCAGCUUCGCAGUACGUACCGGUCACUACUCGCUCGUUACCGCCUUGCUGGAUGAUCCAGACGUCAAUGGAAACGAUAUAAUUACGCAUAACUGGCCGAGAUUCGCCCCGAUACAUCUAGCAGCUAUGCUCGGACGAACAAAAGUUAUGGAUUGCCUCAUCGCUUGCGAUAGCAUCAGUGUUAACUUGAGAGAUAGCAUCUCUAGACAAGCGCUGCACAUAGCCGCUUUAUACGGACACAAAGCUAUCGUGAAGCAGCUGAUUGGGCAUUCGAGUGUUGAUAUCAGUCAUCAAGACGAGCGCGGGAGGACUCCUCUACACUUUGCAGCCUCCAAUGGACACUAUGCAAUCGUAGCGCAGUUGAUCCGCCAUCCAGGCGUUAACGUCAAUUGUCAAGACAAAGAAGCGGCCAAACCCAUACACUAUGCAGCCUCUAAUGGACACUGGGAAGCAGCUUCUUUGCUUCUCAAACACUCGGAGUCGAUGGAAGACGGUCGUUGCAGAUCAUCUGAUGUCCCACCAAUAAGUCUCACGUUCACCAAAGAAGGUUUCCUUCGCACACUUCUUGAGCAUCCAGACUUUGGAGGCCCGAACGAAAUCCUGCCCGGAACGCAUAACACUAUUCUUCAUGUCGCUGCUAGAAAGGGCGACCGCGAAGUCAUCGAAGACCUGCUAGCUUAUCCAGACAUCGACGUGGACGUACGCGAAGGAUAUGGCCUUACUCCUCUGAUGACUGCUGCCAAACACGGCAAACUGGAAGCAGUGAGAUCAAUCCUCCAACACAAAGACAUCGAUGUAAACCAGACGGACGAUUCUCAGAGGCCAUGGACGGCGUUGCAAUGGGCAAAACAAAAGAAGCACCACAAGAUCGUCGAUCUCCUCCUCUCCCAUGGCGCCAUCGCCCAUACCGCCAACGCACCAAGAACCGUACCAUCAAUCGCACACAUCGACAACUCGCAAGGCACCACUUUGCAACCUGACCACGAAACUCACUUCGAUUCGUUCGACGACCUUAUGGACGGCGCACCAACCGAAGCUUGGGAAGAUUUUCUUGCCAUGGAGGAAGGAAUGGAGGAAUGA